AAAACUAUAUUAGAGGGAUGUGGAUCCCUCAACAUCAUAUCCGAAUUCCAAAUCCUACAAGAUUUCAUAAUUACACAUCCUGAGCCGCGAAGCAGCCAGAGAGUGCGAAUCCAUGGAUGGGAGUAGCGAUAAUUCGAGCACGAGGCCUUCAAUUCUCCGCUGGAAAAUCCUUCGCCGUGCUCUUCUUCGUCGCCCUGCAUCUCCUCCAGAUUACCAAUCCCAAUUGGACAUUGAAAAGGUAUCAAGAAAGGCGAGUCAGGGUUUCAAUUUGAUACCCUGCAGCCUGCUGGAAAAUUGUUCAGAAGACAAGUCAGAUGCUCUCUUAAGAAAGGACACCACGUGCAGCUCAAGAGACACUCUUCUUUGCUAUACUUUGCCCCUUCCCAAUUCUCCCCAACUUGCCGUUCACCAGAGAGUGAAUGAUAUUUUGGAUCUAAAUGACUUUCAGAUCUGUAAUGAAUGUAAUAUUGACAACACAGGACUUGUUUGUCAAUGGCCAUCCGAGGAUGUCCUUGCCUACUACUGCUUGUCACAUGGCGACAUGUUCAGGCAUAAGAGAGUAAUUGAACUUGGAUCAGGAUAUGGCGUAGCUGGCUUAGUGGUUGCAGUAGCCACAGAUGCACUAGAAGUGGUAAUCACUGAUGGGAAUCCUCAGGUUGUUGAUUAUAUACAGCGAAGUGUUAUUACCAAUUCAGGCGUGUUCGGCAGUACAGUGGUUAAGUCAAUGAUUCUACAUUGGGGUCAGGAAAAUGUCUCUGAUAUUUCCAGUACUUUUGAUUACAUUAUUGCAAGUGACUGCACUUUCUUCAAGGAAUUCCAAGAAGGGCUGGCUGAAACCAUCAAGUUAUUGUUAAACAAAGAGGGUCCUUCUGAAGCUCUACUAUUUUGCCCUAAAAGAGGGGAUUCAUUGGACAAGUUUCUUGGAAAGGUGAAAAGCAUUGGAUUGAGUUUUAGCACUGAAAUUAAAUAUGACUCUGAAAUUUGGAGGCGUCAUGAGAGAUUCGUAGAUGGCGAUGAAUCCUGGCCCAAUUACGAAAUGGAUCACUGCUAUCCUCUACUGGUCAGAAUCUCGCGGUAAAAGGUCCACACAUGGAGGAGAGAGUUACAAUCAAUCAAAUUGAAUUGAAAAAUUAAUGUCGGUCAAAUCUCGUAAGCAGAAACAGGAAGAAUGUUUUAGGAGGGAGGGAGUAGUAAAUUGACGGCCUACCAUUGGAUAGAGCUACAAGUUCAACAACCUCGGGAUGUUCGGAUAUCAUUACUUUGAGUCAUUUUGUUACUCUUCGUCUCAAGUUAUUAUUAUUAUAAAAUUUUUAUUUUUUA